AUGUCCACAAAGCCUGGAAGCGCGUUGCCAUCUCCAUCCCCGUUCCUCCAGUCCACCACUGCCCGCCUUGUCAUAGCACGCAAGCUUCCACAGUGGCUGUAUGUGGUCCCACUAGAUUCUUCAAAGCUUCUGAGGUAUUCGCUGGCUUGGUUGCUUUGCUGGCCAAGGCUCCCUUUCUCUGACACACAGUUCGUAGGAUAUAACUCUCGCGGGCUCUCUCGAACUCCUCUCCCAUCGUGGCCCGUGCCCGUGCAUGCUAAACGACCCCCGUUCGCCAACAACUCCUUGAUACAAUCCGAAGCACUCCGUAUUCUCGGUCUCCCAACUUCCAAACGGCUGGCGGAUCCGCUCCCCUUUCCUCAGAAUCCCAGAUCCAGGAUGUGCAUCCUCUCGCACUGGUGGGCCCAAGCGCGGGCCGGCCCGCGCCGCUCGUCAUCCCCCUCGGCAUUCCUCGGCGCGCCGGUCGUCCUGCCGAGCGCGAAGACCGACGAUCCUGACGAGAAGCUGCGGAUGCGGACGCCCACGAGCGCCGAGUCCCUCCGCCCCGCCUUGCUGGACGACGGCUGCCAUCCCUACUUCCCCGGUACGCCCUGGAACCAGCUCGAGUUGGCUGCCACUGUCGAUCCCUCCCACCAUCCCAGCCCAAACCCUAGACGGCUCAGACUCCGAUGCUUCUCCAACAUCCUCGUCUUCAAGUCGUAG